ACCCCCAAAUCACAAACUUUGUUUACUGAUAAAUAUCGAAGACUUCUUAUUUGCGAAAUCCCCAUAAUGGACUGGUACGUGGGCACAGAGUGGGAGGACAAGAACCGUGGCCUGGCGAAGAAGGUAAUUAGCCUCCAGUUCACCGACAUGGAAAAGCCAUCGGCAUUAAGUACGGUGGAAUUCAGUGUCAAAAAGAAAGCCGCCAACUUGGGAGGACGACCUAGCAAAUAUUUGGCCAGCGAUGAGUCUGCGACGUAUCCUCAGAAGCACAUCCUCGAAAUGGGCACCAGCCUGACCGCAGUAGACUGCUACUUGGAGCUGCUGCUGCAGCACUUUGUGCCUGGUGAAACGGCAGCGUGUAGCAUUACGACCAAAACCGGCGAACGGAUUGAAUUUGAGCUGGAGCUGGAAAAGAUUGUAAAGAACACUCAAGUAGAGAAGCUAAGCGCUGCAGAGAUCUAUGAGGUGGCACUGCGUCUUAAGGAGAGCGGCGUGCGCACAUUUAAGGCGUUCCCGAAAUUCGCCUUUGAUUACUUUGUGCGAGCCGCAAAGUUGCUGAUUACCUACAAACCCUUUGAUAAACUGACCAAAAAGGCCAAUGGCAUCAGCGGUCAGGCGGUGGAGGCGCUCUUUAUCCAGAUACAGACCAACCUGGCCGCCUGUUUGCUGCAGGAAAAACGCUAUGAGCACGUAAUCUACCACACGCAGUUUGUGGAGACGGAGGAGAGCCCCAGCGAGAAGAGCAUCUACCGGCGAGCACUAGCCUACUAUCACCUGAAGGAAUUCGCCAAGGCACAGGCCACCAUCGAGCGGUUGCCCAAUUACGAGGAGAAGCGAGAGUUCAGCAAGCUGCGCGACAAUAUCGCUAGCAGCUGGAAGGAUAGCAAUGCCCAUUACAAAGAGGUGGUGCAGCGCAUGUUUAGUUAGUUUCCAUUGAUAACAUCUCGAUGUCAGGCUAGCCAACGGUCUUUAUAAAAUAGCUUAUUUUAAAUGUA